AAAAUGUUUUCCCAUGUUGAUCAGGGAAUAUAAUUUUCUUGGCUCUCUUUGGAUCUGAGAACAUAUUUUGUCAAGAUUGUAUUCAAUCAGAAACCCAACUGAAUCAAGAUUUCAACCGGUGCUGAAAGUGGUCGUUAGCCCCCUGGCUAGUGGGAAGUACUGAAUAGAAGAGUCUUUCCCCCAACACCUCUGGACCCAAGACCUCUACUAGAUUUUUAGCCGUAUUGCAAAGGAUCGCCCAAGCUAGAGGAUGAAGUUUGAAAACAUUCUUGAAGAGACCGAUGGCUGUGGAUGGUUUCAGAUACUCAUCAUCACUCUGCUCUGUGUCCCUCGAGUGAUACUGCCAUUUAAUUUCCUACUUCACAACUUCAUAGCAGCCGUGCCUGCACAUCACUGUGCUCUGGACGAUGCGGGAGUCAUUAGGAAUCUGACCCAGGAGCAGAGACUGACUGUCAGUGUUCCUGUAGAGGAAGACGGGACUCCAAGCUCCUGUAAGAUGUUCCUAGAGCCCCAGUUCCACCUCCUGAUCAACCCCAAUGACAGCGACCUUGUUAAAGUUCCCUGUCAGAAUGGAUGGGUAUACGACAACAGUACUUUCAAAUCCACUAUAGCUACAGAGUGGGACCUUGUCUGCAACAGAACAGCCAUGAAUAAAGUGACAGCCACCAUUUUCUUUGUUGGGGUGAUGAUGGGAGCUAUAGCCUUUGGUACCCUCUCUGACAAGUUUGGGAGGAAGCCUAUGCUAUUGGUGUCUUACAUCCUAUCCAUCGUUUUUGGAUUUUCCUGUGCAUUCUCUAACUCCUAUACCAUGUUCAUAGUGAUGAGAUUCCUUACAGGUUUUGGACUUACAGGCAUCAGCAUCAUCUCCACUGUUCUCAGUGUUGAGUGGGUGGACAUUAAGCACCGGGCAUUAAUAGGUAUAUCUGGCAGCUUGGCCUGGUCGGUUGGCAACAUAAUGCUAGCAGGCAUUGCAUAUCAAGUGAAUGAUUGGCGGCUGCUGAUGAUUGCUGUCUCUGUUCCCUUGAGCUUGGCAAUCGUAACUUGGUGGUGGCUUCCUGAAUCUGCCAGGUGGCUCAUAGCCAACGGUGAAGUGGAAAAAGCUCAUCUUUACCUCCAGAAAUGUGCUUAUUUUAAUAACAAAAAGGAUUUUCUGUCUAAAAUCAAACCUGAGGACCUAUCCAAUGUGGUUGUGGUGGAUAAAAGUAACAAGACCUAUUCUUACCUGGACCUGGUGAGGACACCAAAGAUGAGGAGACUGGCUCUACUAACAGGCAUAGUGUGGUACGGAGUGGCCUCAACAUACUAUGGGAUCAGUUUAAACAUUACAGGGUUUGGUCUGAGUGUCUACCUCACCCAUUUUAUCUUUUCUGCAAUCGAGAUACCCGCCAAGAUUAUAGUCUACUUCUGUCUUGAUACCUUUGGUCGAAAACUCUGUCAAGCAAGCACCCUUCUUCUAGCAGGAACAUGCAUUGCCAUCAAUAUGUUUGUGCCUAAAGGUCAGUGGCACCUUCGCACCAUUGUGGCCGUGCUUGGGAAAGGCCUUUCAGAGGCUUCCUUCACCACAGUCAUCCUGCACACAACUGAAAUAUACCCUACUGUCGUAAGACAAAAUGGUUUGGGCUACACUAACUUCAUGGCUCGGUUAGGCGUGUCCAUAGCACCCCUCAUCAUCCUGUUGGAGGAGGUGUGGAAGCCCCUCCCUGAAGUCAUCAUCUGUUGUGUGUCCAUUUUAUCUGGUCUGGUGGCCUUCCUCCUUCCAGAAACCCACAAUGUAAGGCUGCCAGAGACCAUUGAGGACAUUGAAAAAACAAGUGACCACCAAGCCAAAGACAUACCAUUGCAAGAGGACAGGACAACCCAGCAAACCACAUAAAUAAGAUGUAAGACAUGCAGGCUCUUCCCCUGGAGUAAGGGCCAAUAAGUGAAAUGGAGGUGUAGAAUGCUGGAGACACAAUUCUUCCAUGAUGAUGUCACAAGAGGAAGUGUGAGGAUGUUCCACGAUGUUCCACUGAGAGGUUUCUCCGUGAAUGACAAUUCAAUGCUUGAUCUGCCUUCUCUAACAUUUGUGUCCUUCGUGUCCUUGAAGUAACGUGUAGAUUUAGAAUUUUUGUAUUCCUUUAACUAAUUCAGCAAUGUAAGGGGCAACAAAGUGGCCAAGCAAUUAGUGAAUCUGAAGUGUGUUAGACAGAGUUGAAAAGCUGAAGAAUCUGUCGUUCCACCAGGCAAUGAACCCUAAUUGCUUCCACAUUGAUUUCUGUAAAGAAUAUAUUCUUAAUCACUUGGUUAAAUAACAGUAAAAAAAAAUUACAAGUUAUAUUAUCAUGGAGUGUCAGCAGUAGCCUACAUAUUAAAGAUAACUUGCAAGUGUUACUGUUGUCAUGUAUUAGGCUUAGAAAUUAUUCCAAAUGUAAAUAAAAAAAAUAUUAUCCCAGAUAUUUCAUUUAGCCUAAAGUUUGGAUGAACAGUCAACCAGGUUAAGUGGCAGCUAGUAAAAUGUGUUUUAUUUGACUAGCCAGGCAAAGUUGUAUGCCUGUCAAGUGGAACAUGGUCAUAUCUACGCUAUGAGAAACAGUAAUAUCAAAAACUUGUUGUUGAACCCUCUGGCCCAGAAAACUCACUUAGAAAGCUGCAAGCUGGUGAUUCCAACUUCCAAGACAGGCACACAAACAUAGGAGCAUAGAAAGCAAGUUGUUGUAAGAAGCCUGGGAAUCUCACCUCUGUCUAUUGCCGAGUAAAUACAACCAUCUGUUUAUCCCUUCUUCAGUAGGAUUAGGCCUAAUUAGGUUGAGUGUUAUCAGUGACAGAACACAGAGCAUCAGCUAUGAAGGCCCAAUGUUUAUCUUGUUGCCGUUUUUCUGAAAUGUCAUUUUAUUUGGCCUCACAAGUAACUGCAUUUCUUUGGUUGUGGGGUGGAUUCUUCCCAAAC